UCAAAACGAAAGAGGGUUUUGUCAACUUCAUUCUAGACACGGUGACAUUGCCGGAUUUUGGAUUGCAGUGCUCCUCUCUCUCUUUCUCUCUCGUUUGUUCAUCACUUCCUGUACAACUAAUCAUGUGCAAUUUUCUCUCUUCUCUACCCUGUCUUUUGCCCAAUCUUUGGUGGUGCAAAUCACAACAUCACUUCCUCUUCCUUUAAAAUCCUCCCAAACCAUACCCUUGGCUUCCCUCACCACCAUAAAUUCAAUCUGACUUAUGCAGUUGACUCUGUGGUCCAUAUCACAAUAUAUUACCAAUCUUAGUCUUUUAGGGUUUUACGUUGCUCACCUCAUAAAUUUCCGCCAAUUCACAAUAACGUAGGGUUUGUUUCCGUCGUUUCUUCGUCAUAUUGAACCUCUAGUUCAUCUGGGUUACAAUAGCUGAUUGUGUUUGAGAGAGUUUUUUUAUUCUUUUUCUUAAAUUGAAUAAAAUGGAGGAAUUCACUAAUAAUCACCUGAGCGAAAACACAAGUCCAAGGGCAAAUUUGUUGUACUCCUUGGCUUGUGGUUCAAGUGUUGGAAAUCGCCACCAACAGCUUCCAUUCAACACCUUUCAUCUUCAAUCGGGUGGAUCGGGUCACUGUUUUCAACCCGAUCAAGUGAAAACCGAGUCCACCAACUUCCACUAUCCUCUAAUGAGUCCAAAUCUUCAAGGAGGGACUCAGAGCUCUGACGAAAUUGAAGCCAUCAAAGCCAAAAUCAUUGCCCAUCCUCACUACUUAAAUCUUUUACAAGUUUACACGGAUUGCCAAAAGGUGGGAGCUCCGCCAGAGGCGGUGGCGCGUUUGGCUGCGGUUCUGCAGGAUUUUGAGGCACGGCAGCGAUCUAUGGUUAGGUCCAGGGAAAGUUGCAAGGACCCAGAACUUGAUCAAUUCAUGGAAGCUUACUAUGACAUGCUUGUGAAGUAUCGAGAGGAAUUAACGAGGCCUAUACAAGAGGCUAUGGAUUUCAUGCGUGGGGUAGAAACUCAGCUCAACACGCUUUGCAAUGGAACCGUGCGGAUAUUCUCUGAUGAUAAGUGUGAAUACGUUGGUUCAUCGGAAGAGGUUCACGAGAACAGUGGUGGAGAAACAGAAGUGGCCGAGAUUGAUCCCCAGGUGGAAGACCGUGAACUCAAAAGCCACUUGCUCAGGAAAUACAGCGGUUACUUAAGUAGCCUUAAGCAAGAACUUUCCAAGAAAAAGAAAAAAGGAAAACUGCCCAAAGAUGCUAGGCAAAAGCUACUUAGCUGGUGGGAAUUACACUACAAAUGGCCAUAUCCUUCGGAAUCAGAGAAGGUGGCGCUGGCUGAAGCAACUGGUUUGGACCAGAAGCAAAUAAAUAACUGGUUCAUAAAUCAAAGGAAACGCCACUGGAAACCAUCGGAAGACAUGCAAUUUAUGGUUAUGGAUGGCCUACAUUCACAGAACGCAACUCUCUAUAUGGAUGGUCACUACUUAGCUGAUGGCCAUUACCGUUUAGGGCCAUAACCAUGCAUCCAGUAUUAUAUUAUAAAUAUACACAUUCGAUCGAGUCAAAAGUCAUAACUAGUAUUUAGUUAGGGCUUGAUAAGCCCUUUGGAAUUGUGAUGUAAAGUUUAGGUUUUCAUUUUGUGUUCUAUUUGUAAAUCCGUUUUUAAUGUUCGAUAUAAAUUAGUUAUUCAUACUUUGUUUUGAUAAGCCUUUUUGACAUUAAAAAAUGGAAUAAUAUAUUUUCUUAAAUUUGUAA